UGACGGGCCGGGCCACGCCCCCACCUUGGGACCGACCCGGAAGCGGCCGUACUCCUUGGGGGAAGAUGGCGCCCUCGGGGCUGAAGGCGGUGGUGGGGGAGAAAAUUCUAAGCGGUGUCAUCCGGAGCGUUAAGAAGGAUGGCGAGUGGAAGGUGCUCAUCAUGGAUCACCCAAGCAUGCGGAUCUUGUCAUCCUGUUGUAAAAUGUCAGACAUCCUGGCAGAAGGAAUCACCAUUGUGGAAGACAUCAACAAACGGCGAGAACCCAUUCCCAGUUUGGAGGCCAUUUAUUUGCUGAGCCCCACGGAGAAGUCGGUCCAGGCCCUGAUUGCAGACUUCCGGGGGACACCGACCUUCACCUACAAAGCUGCCCACGUCUUCUUCACUGACACGUGCCCUGAGCCCUUGUUCAGUGAACUGGGCCGCUCUCGCCUGGCGAAGGUGGUGAAGACGCUGAAAGAGAUCCACCUCGCCUUCCUUCCCUACGAGGCCCAGGUGUUCUCUCUGGAUGCCCCACACAGCACCUACAACCUUUACUGCCCAUUCCGGGCAGGGGAGCGCGCACGGCAGCUUGACGCGUUGGCCCAGCAGAUAGCCACACUGUGUGCCACCCUUCAGGAAUACCCAUCCAUUCGCUACCGCAAGGGUCCAGAAGACACAGCCCAGCUGGCCCAUGCAGUCUUGGCCAAGCUGAAUGCCUUCAAGGCAGACACUCCCAGUCUGGGCGAGGGCCCAGAGAAAACACGCUCACAGCUGCUCAUAAUGGACCGGGCAGCAGACCCUGUGUCUCCCCUGUUACACGAGCUCACAUUCCAAGCCAUGGCCUACGAUCUUCUGGACAUCGAACAGGACACGUACAGGUAUGAGACCACAGGACUGAGUGAGUCCCGGGAGAAGGCUGUCCUCCUGGAUGAAGACGAUGAUCUGUGGGUGGAGCUUCGACACAUGCACAUAGCGGAUGUUUCCAAGAAGGUCACGGAGCUCCUGAAAACAUUCUGUGAGAGCAAGCGGCUGACCACAGACAAGGCCAACAUCAAAGACCUGUCCCACAUCCUGAAAAAGAUGCCUCAGUAUCAGAAGGAGCUGAACAAGUAUUCUACACACCUGCAUUUAGCAGACGACUGCAUGAAACGUUUCAAAGGCUCGGUGGAGAAGCUGUGUGGUGUGGAACAGGACCUGGCCAUGGGCUCUGACGCCGAGGGUGAGAAGAUCAAGGAUGCCAUGAAGCUGAUCGUGCCGGUGUUGCUGGAUGCCUCGGUGCCACCCUACGACAAGAUCCGCGUUCUGCUGCUCUACAUCCUCCUUCGGAAUGGUGUGAGUGAGGAAAACCUGGCCAAGCUGAUCCAGCAUGCCAAUGUGCAGGCCUACAGCAACCUCAUCCGGAAUCUGGAGCAGCUGGGGGGCACCGUCACCAACUCCGCGGGCUCAGGGACCUGCAGCCGGCUGGAGCGGAGGGAGCGCCUGGAGCCCACCUACCAGCUGUCGCGCUGGUCCCCAGUCAUCAAGGAUGUGAUGGAGGAUGUGGUGGAAGACCGGCUGGACCGAAAGCUGUGGCCCUUCGUGUCUGACCCGGCCCCUGUGGCUAGCUCCCAGGCAGCUGUCAGUGCUCGCUUUGGCCACUGGCAUAAAAACAAAGCUGGCGUCGAGGCUCGGGCCGGGCCCAGGCUCAUCGUGUACAUUGUGGGUGGCGUGGCCAUGUCUGAAAUGAGGGCUGCCUAUGAGGUGACCAGGGCCACUGAAGGCAAGUGGGAGGUGCUUAUAGGCUCUUCGCACAUCCUUACUCCAACUCGCUUCCUGGAUGACCUCAAGACUCUGGAUCAGAAGCUGGAGGACAUGGCCCUGCCCUGACUCAGCCCUGCCUCUGUGCCCUGCUCCUGUUCCAGAGAAAUAAACUCCUCCUCCUGUCUUUCCCUCAGGGCUCCCCUCAUUUGCUUCCCAGAGGGAGCUGUGCUGAGCCAGGCCUGUGCUGCAGGCCUCCCAUACCUUACUGUCCCGCUCAGACCUCUCCCCGGCUCUGUCCUGAAGUCUGACCCUGGGCUGUAGGUUCUCUAUUGGCUUGAGGCUUGUAAGGCCCUGGCUAUCUUGCUGGGAACCCCAUCCAAAGCCCAGGGCCCGAUUUUAGCAGACAGAUUGCAGAGGAGAGAGCAGACAGGCACAGAUGGGAGGAUGGCAGAGCUGGGCCCCCUACUGUUACUAGAAUUCUUCAGAACUGUGGACAGUUUUUAACCGUUAUUUUUAUGUCAUGUGUAUGUGUGUUUUGCUUGCAUGUAUGCCUGUGCAUAUACAUGCAGGGCCUGCAGACGUCAGAAGAAGGGUAUUGGAUCCCUUGGGACCAGAGUUAUAGAUGGUGGUGAGCUGCCAUAUGGGUGCUAACAAUCACAUCUGGGUCCUCUGCAAGAGUAGCCAGUGCUCUUAACCACAGGCAUCUCUCCAGCCCCAGAAAUAGCAGGUGGAGUAGCUCUGAAUCCUGACUCUUCCCCUCCAACCUUCCAGAAGCUGCUGCAAGUGGAACUUGCAGCCACAAUCCCAGGUAUCAGAGCCAGCAUUCAAAACACACAGCAAACUCACCCCAACCCCCUACCCCCAGCCCCAAGGUGUGUCUGUAGACUCUAAUUGCAGGACUUAUCAGAGCUUUUAGUGAAGAUAGUAUUUGUUCAUUAGGGCCAACUUAAGUAUCCUCAGGGCCUGGAUGGCUCAGAGCUGAAGAGUGCCUGAUGCUUACAGAGGACUAGAGUUUGGUUCCCAACACACAUACUGGGUGGCUCACAGCUGCCUGCAACUCCAGCUCCAGGGGAUUCAGUGCUGUCUCCUGGCCUCAGUGGGAACCCAGAUACAUGCAUGUGUGUGCCACACGAAUGCACGUGCACACACAAAUAAAUAAACGCACUCUGCAUAACUUAA